AUGACAACCCUCCACACUACUACUUCUUGCUUCUCUCUCGUAGCUUCGCUUGCCCUUGUCAUCAUUGAUAGAACCUGCAGCUGUUUGCAGUUCACUUACCCCAGCUUUGACACAUCCAACAAGGCAGAUUUCAGCUUCAGCACAGGCUCCGGAAUAGCAAAUGGAUCCCUCCAGAUCACGCCGAGCACCGGCGGCAUCAGCCACCGAUCGGGAAGAGUGUUCUACGCGAAGGAAACGUUGAAGCUUUGGAACAGCGGGCGGUCGGCGCUCACGUCUUUCCGGACAGAGUUCGUGGUCAACAUCCUCCCACAGAAUGGCACUGGAGAAGGCAUGGCUUUCAUCCUGAGAAGUAACCCGGCGCUGCCGAGCAACAGCAGCGAGCAGUGGCUCGGCAUAUGCAACAGCCGGACAGAUGGCGAGCCGACGAACCGGAUAGUAGCUGUGGAAUUCGACACGAGGGUGAGCAACGGCGAAACCGACGGCAAUCACGUUGGGCUCGACGUCAACAGCAUCCGAUCUUUGGAGAUGUACCCGCUCAACAAUAUUUCACUCCUCCUCUCGAGUGGCGCUGAUGUACAGGUCAGUGUCACGUACAACGGCACAUGGCAGGUCCUGGUAAUAGUUUUAAUCCAAAUCGACGCAACUGGGGCGCACUAUGGUUCCCAAGGUUGGGGCGUUGAUCUAUCGGACGACAUAUAUGUGGGAUUUGCAGGGUCCACCGGUGAUUUCACCGAGCUGAACCAGAUAAAGUCCUGGAACUUCGUCACGAUCGACGAUGGUGUCACGACUAACCGAGGGCAUGGGAGAAAGGUUUUUCUGUCUCUCGUUACCUUGUCUUUGUUUGCUACGUGUUUGGUUGCUGUGUUCUUAGUGUGGAGAAGGUCGACGCGGCAGAGAAGGCUAGCCUACCGCAACCUUGAGAAGAUGAUCGACGCCCAUGGCCCGUUCAGGUUUAAGCUUAAGGAGCUCAGACAUGCGACUGAAAACUUCAAUUCCUCACGAAAGUUCGGCCGAGGCGGCUUUGGCACCGUGUACCAUGGCUACCUGAACAGCAUGAACAUGGAGGUAGCCGUCAAGCGGGUGUCAUCGAACAGCAGUUCCAGUUCCAACCGAGGAGAGCAAGAGUUCGUCGCGGAGGUGAACACGAUCAGCAAGCUCUCGCACCGCAACCUCGUGAAGCUGAUUGGUUGGUGCCAUGAGGGUGGCGAGCUGCUCCUCGUCUACGAGUACUUCCCCAUGGGCAGCCUGGACAAGCUCCUGUACGCCAGUGCUAGAUCGGCAGCGACGGCGAACCCCUCGGCGUCGGAGACAACAGGCGCGACUGUGCUGACCUGGGAGAGACGGUACAAGAUAAUCUGCGGCGUGGCGUCCACGCUGGAAUACCUGCACCACGGGAGCAGCAGGCGGAUCCUCCACAGGGACGUCAAGGCGAGCAACGUCAUGCUCGACGGGGAGUACAACGCGCGCCUCGGCGACUUCGGCCUCGCCCGCGUCAUCCAGCUCGACGAUGUGACGCACCACUCGACGCAGGCGGUGGCGGGUACCCGCGCCUACAUGGCAUACGAGAGCUUCUUCACCGGCCGCGCCAGCCUCGACACGGACGUGUACGCGUUCGGGGUGUUCGUCAUGGAGGUGCUCACCGGGAGGAGCCCCUGCGGCUCCGUGACGUACCACAACAACCAGGAGCACUGCUACGACGCCGGCGGCCGGCGAGGCCAGCCGAUGUACAUCGUGGACUGGAUGUGGAGGCACUAUGGCGAGGGGACGGUCCUGGAAGCGGCCGACGCGGUGCUCGGUGGCGCGUACGACGAGGCUCAGGUGGAGCGCGCGGCGAGGCUGGCGUUGGCGUGCUGCCAUCCCAGCCCGAGGGAGAGGCCGUCCAUGAGGACGGCCGUGCAGGUGCUGGUCGGCGGAGCCCCGGCGCCGGAUCCCCCGUUCGAGAAGCCUGCGUUUGUCUGGCCUCCUGACGGCAAGCAGCAGGAGAUCGAGCUGCCGCACGUCGGCGUUCUGUUCACCGGAGGGCAGCUCAGUUUCUGCUCCAUGACCUCCAUUUCCAUCACCGGAAGGUGAGUAAUUAACUGAGUAUCGCAAACUACCGCGAACCGAGCCGCGCGCCGCGCGAGGCGUUAUUGUCGUAUGUAAAAAAGUGUAGCAGCGUCGCACGAUUGUUUCGUUGUUGUGUUUGUA